ACUGUUUUAAAUGCUUUUCAGAACGAGACGCAGUAGCUUCCUAUUCGGAAACAUUCUGAGUCAGCUCUUCAGCCAAAAUCUCCAGAAUGAGAUCGUGGAUUGGAGUUCUCGCUGCACUGGUCCUUUGUCUUCAUAGUACAGACGCUGUUGCUACGUUGAUGCAGGUGAAAUCGGUCUCGGCCGCUCCGGGGGAAACCGUCAAGAUCAACUGCAUCAUGUCUGGAGACAGCAUCGAUAACUGGUUCACCAGCUGGUAUUGGAAGAAGCCCGGCAGUAUUCCACGGCUGAUCUGGUCUGAGAAAAACGGCAGACCCUCGGGAAUUUCAGAUCGAUUACAAGGUUCUGUAAAAAUAUCGGAACGCGGGAUGUUUUUAACUAUCGCGAACGUAAAAUCCGAAGACGCUGCUGAUUACUAUUGUUAUGCUGCACGCACCUUUGGUAAAGGAACGAAGCUCAAUGUGAUUAUUCCUCGACCUCCGGUUGUGUCCGUGUUCCGGCCUUCAGAGGAAGAAAUCGCGAAAAAGAGCACCGUCACCCUGGUGUGUUUGGUGAGCGGCUUUCAUCCAGAAACUGUGGACAUCGAGUGGACGGUGGACGGCAGUACGAGAAGGAAUGGUGUCGAGACUGGCCGGGUACAGCAGGAACCGGAUAACACAUUCAGUGCGAACAGCUACCUGACUCUGACUGCCUCAGAAUGGAGCGCACAAGAGCAAUUCUCGUGUGUGGUGAACCACGAGACUCGUGCAACCCCGCUGCAGGCAACGAUCGCGAGAUCUGGUUAUACCUAAUCAAGGAUCCUUCUCACUAUUCUGUUAUUCUCUUUCUCUGCGCAUUGCGUGUUGGUCUUGAUCUUUUAUUGUUCUUUUCGGGUUUCUUGCUAUGACAAAAUUCAAGGGUGUAUAAUUUAUACCUUUGAUAACAAAUGUACUCUCAAUCCAUUAAUCUUUAUUUUCCAAUCUAUAUCUUUUUUUGGGAAGAAUCUGUCGAAUCAGAAGAGUUGAGUAUUUUCACGAGGAUAUUGCGAACUCCAAUAUGAAUUAAAGUUCGAUGAAACUUGAUAAACGAACCUGAAUAAUAAACUGUCGUUUGGAUUAA